GGCGGCAGCGGGGGAGGAGGAGGAGGAGGAGGGAAGAGAAGAGAAGAGGCGGCAGCGGCAGUAACAGUAGCAGCAGCAUGGCGGCCGGGCGCGAGCGGCUGAGCGCGCCUCCGCCUUCCCCCCCCGCUGCCGCCGCUUUCGAGCCGGGGCCCGCGGUGCCGCUGCCCAAAUAACCGCCCCGCCCGGCCCUGCCCGCCCGGAGAGCGCCCGGCCAUGGAGCUCUCCAGGCCGGCCUUCCCCGCGCUGCCGCAGGCCAGAGAGGACUCCGAGGAUUGGACCUACCCGAUGAGGCGAGAGAUGCAGGAAAUUUUACCUGGGUUAUUUUUAGGCCCAUAUUCUUCAGCUAUGAAAAGCAAGCUACCUAUACUUCAGAAACAUGGAAUAACCCAUGUUAUAUGCAUACGGCAAAACAUUGAAGCAAAUUUUAUUAAACCAAACUUCCCACAGUUAUUUAGGUAUCUGGUCUUGGAUAUUGCAGAUAAUCCAGUUGAGAACAUAAUACGAUUUUUCCCUACGACUAAAGAGUUUAUUGAUGGAAGUUUACAAAGUGGAGGAAAAGUUCUUGUCCAUGGGAAUGCAGGGAUCUCUAGAAGUGCUGCCUUAGUUAUCGCGUACAUAAUGGAGACAUUUGGGUUGAAGUACAGGGAUGCGUUUACUUAUGUUCAAGAAAGAAGAUUCUGUAUUAAUCCUAAUGCUGGAUUUGUCCAUCAACUUCAGGAAUAUGAAGCCAUCUAUCUAGCAAAAUUAACCAUCCAGAUGAUGUCGCCGCUGCAGUUAGAGAGAUCCCUCGCCGUUCCACCAGGAAGUUUAAAGCGAGUGCGCGAAGAAGAUGAAGAACUUUGAACCGCGCACAUGGCAGCAGCGCAGAACAGAUGGUAUCCAAGAACAGCACUGUUUGUAUAGGGAAUUCCUGCCCGGAAAGGUGAAGAAAACUAGGGAAAAAGUUUCAAUAAAGCGAAGUGAGGAACACACCCAUAGCUUCUUUUCGAUUACAUGUUGCUUUCAGAUGUAAAUCUGCCUCUGCAACACACUAAGCAUCAUUUUUAAGAUGUUGGACUUCUUGAAUGAAUAGAUAGCACUGAUUGUUUUACUCGUUUUUUACACUUUACAGUUUUAUUCUAAACCAAGAUUUUUGGACUUGCAAAGAGGUAUUAUUGCAGCAAUGCACUUUUCAUACUUGAAAUUUCUUUAUUUGUAUGAUAUAAAGUUAUUACUUUAAAGAAAAUGCAAGCUGGGGGGGAUUUGUUUAUAAAGUUAUUUGUGUAAUUUAUAACAAGAGACUUUAGUAAAGAAAAAGUUUGCUAAGAUUCACCUUGUUCUCAGUAUGUAU